AUGGCCUCAACGACUCCAUCUGGAACUUAUGCUGACCCCUCGAGGGUAUUUACUAUUCAUGGAAAGGGUCUUACUCUCUCUACGCGAGAGGAAAUUGAGCCCUAUAUUAAACAAAUGCGAGAGAUAAAGGAUUUGGAAGAAGUACAUUUCGGUGGCAAUACACUCGGUGUCGAGGCAUGCCAGGCUAUUGCCGAGGUGCUCAAAGAGAUUGCCGACUUUCACGACAUUUUUACUCGACGAUUAAUUUCUGAGAUCCCCCAAGCUCUUUCGGCAAUUUGCGAUGCCCUCAAAGACAAAAAGUCCAUAAUUGAACUUAACUUGUCUGACAACGCAUUCGGUGGACGAUCCGCUGAACCUAUGGUUCCUUUCCUUACCCACAACCGAAGUUUCCAAGUUUUCAAACUCAACAAUAAUGGGCUUGGAAUUGCCGGUGGCAAAAUCAUCGCUAAUGCACUCUUGGCCAACGCAGAAGCUUCCAAAGCAGAAGGCAUACACACUACUCCACUACGCACUGUCAUUUGUGGACGAAACCGUCUAGAGAACGGAUCGGCUCCUUUUUGGGCUCGGGCAUUUGCCGCUCAUGGAGGACUCACCGAAGUUCGAAUGCCUCAAAACGGAAUCCGAAUGGAAGGUAUCGCAGAGAUUUCCAAGGGCCUCGCGAAAUGUUCCAAGCUGCAAAUCCUCGAUCUUCAAGAUAACACUUGCACCGAGUCGGGCUCGAGAGCUGUGGCAGAGUCGCUCAAGUCGUGGCCGGAUCUCAGGAUAUUGAAUUUGUCGGAUUGUUUGCUUGGCCCCAAGGGUGGUAUUGCGCUCGCGACGGCUCUCAAGGAGGGAAACUGCCCGAAACUCGAGACUCUCAAGGUACAAUACGGUGAAUGGGAUCACCGUGCACUCAAUAUUCUCGCCGAGGCCAUCAAAGAGAAGCUCCCGAACUUGACAGCGCUCGAGCUGAACGGGAAUAGGGCAGAUCCGGAGGACGAGUGUAUUACGAAUAUCCGCGAUGCUCUUGAGUCGCAUGACCAUGGCGAUGCCCUUGAUGAGCUGGACGACAUGGAAGAAUUUGACGAAGAGGAGGCCGAGAGGGAGGAAGAGGAAGCUGAGCUCAAGAGAGGAGAAGCAAGUGACGAGGAGGAAACGAAGGAGAAGCAAACUGUGGCUGCCAAGGUUAACGACAAGCUAGACGACGCGGCAGACUCGUUGGCAGAGUUGAUGGGCAAGGUUAGCUUGGGAGACAAGUAG